CAAUACCCAAAGUGUCAACUAUGUCAAACUAACCUUACCUAUCUCAAAAUCUCAACAAGUUUUUGAUUUUUUAUAACUCCAAUAAUUACUCCAAUAAUUUUUUAUUGUUAUGUAGUUUAUUAUAGGCAUAGAAAUGAGUGAAAUAUUGAACAAUACAGAUAAUAUUCUAAGCACAUUUCCCGCUUGUCUUAGAAAGAACAUAGAGGAAUUAUGCUUAAGAAGUACAGUGGGUUUUCUUCCCAUAAAUUUAAAUGAUAUUACAAUAAACCAAGUUAGAAACAAUGUUGAAGAAAACGCUCUCAACAAUUACCACUUCAUUUUAAAAGUUCCUUAUGCAGGAAAACGAUUAAGAUGGGAAGUUAUAUUUGAUCCAGAAGAUUUCUACUUCGCUCCAGAUUUUAUUUUUAACGAUGAAGAGUUUUUAAGUUACCCAGAUAUUGACACGCUUUCUGAAGUUGUUCCUAGUUGGACGAAUUGGAAUUUAAAAAAUCCCAAAGCUCUAGCACAGAUUCUUAAUGAGUUUUUGACUUUGUAUAAGAAACACCAGAUAGAGAAAUUACAUCUUGACAAUAUCUAUUCCCGCUACUCUGAGGAGUUCAAAAUUCUAACAAAGGGUACAGAAGGUAUAUCGCCUCAGGAUAUUGAAGUUAGUGUAGAUGGUAACACUUUACAUUUUUUGAUCUGCCUUAAGGUAGAUUGCUCUUCUCUGCCAGAAUAUGUACAACCGAUCAUAUACAAGGGAUCCAACUUAUUAGAUCAUGUGCUGUACAAUCAAGGAGAUGAUUUUGCACAUUUGGUCACAAUCGCCAAGCUAGAUGGUUCUCGCUCUACCCACUCCAUUCAGCUAUCUCCUAGAUUAGAACAAGUAUUAGGAGGGUUCCGAUUCAAUAAUACAGAUUUUAAGAAAGAUAGUUCACUGUCGGACGUUGUCUCACUGGUUUCUAAGACUCUAGAUACACGAUUGCAGCAAGUUGCCGAUCAUUUUAAAUUGAAGAAAAUUUUUAUUACUAAUUUAGCAGCAGCAUGUUUUAGAAGUAUUAUUGAAUAUGAUGUACUCACUUACAAUAAGGCUGUUUUUCUUUAUAAUUUGGAUGACUAUAACUGUUUGGUGACAGUUACAAUAGGUCAGAAAUACCCUAUAGAAAAACCUACUGUAGUACUGUCAUCAGUGUAUUGUCCGGAAUCAAAAGCAUGCAGUACCACUCUUACCAAAUAUCCCUAUAACCCCACGUUGAAGCCAGAAGUUAAUGUGGAACAUUUAAUAGAGUUCUUGCACGACGCCGUUCUAAUGUUCAAGAAUCAUAGACAUUAAUUAUAAUAUUUUAUAUAAUAUAUGUAUACUGUGCUGUUCGAAUGAAUAGACAAAUAAAAAACAAAUUUUUAUAACCUUAGCUUUUAACCCGCCGUUACACGCGUCUUCUAUUGUGACGUGGUUGCACGCGUUGCAUGAGCGUCGCCCUCACCUACAUAAAUUCGACUUAUUUCGAGAAAGAAUGAAUGUCAACAUGUAUAAAUAUAAAAUGGGUUGUACUCACAUAUUAUAGAAAGUCUCGUAAACCAAUUUUUUUUAUUAAUUUAACAAAACAAAAGUAAAAAUAAUAUAGAUCAAAAGCAAGUUUUCUUAAUUUUCAAUUUCAGCAAGCCACUGAAGAAGUUAACGUUCUUUACGCGAAUUAAUUUUACUAAAAAUACAAAUUAAAAUUAACAACUGUUCUGAAGCUAUUUCUUUAUGGCAUUUAUGUAAUUAACUAUUAAUAUUUUAUAUUUUGAUAACGACGUCCGAGGUGGAAUUCGAAACGUCAAUAAAAUCAAUUUUUCAAGUUAAAUAUUGUGGCUUAUUUCCCAAUUAGAAUAGGUAAAUUUAAAAAUGGGUUCUUAACCAGUGGCGCACCUAGAAUUUUCCUCUGGGGGGGGGAGGGGGGUUUGCUUGGGCACCGAAAGUUUUUUGUAUUAUUUGUGAAAGACAAGUUACAUUUUCCUACCUUCUUUUAUAUAUAUUUCUAUAUGCUCUGGGUGGGAUUUUAACCCCCAAACCCCCCCUCGGUGUGCCACUGUUCCUAACCUAAUCCAAACAAUAAUAUUUUAAUUAAACCAACCUAAAUAUUAAAUAAAAACCUAAAAGUUUCUUUGAGAUAACAGAAACGUGAUUUCACGGUGAUUGCACGCGCAGUGAGGAAUUCCCUCACUUGAAGAGGGAUGUCUCUUCUUUCAACUAUCACACAGCACACUGACCGCCUGAAAUAUUCUAUAACUUUUUCAUACCCUCUCAUGAACCAUGCUUAAGGCAUUCCUGGGUGCUUAAGGUUAUCGUAUUAGUUUACACAAUUUCAUUGCUUAUAAACAAAUAUGGUGAGGGAUUCCCUCAUAGCGCGUGUAAUGGCGGGUUAAGCAUUACGUACCAUAAGUAGACUGAACAAUCUAUAUAUUAGUACGAAAUUUGUCCUCGUUUAGCAGAAGUGACCUUACACAUCUAGGCAUUCCCUCUCCAGUCAUUGUUAUCAAUUUUUCUUAUCUAGUGCAAUUCAUCUUAACUAGGUUUCUUGAGAAUAUGCCAGAAGUUCUCAAUGGGAUUUAGGUCUGGUGAAUUACGAGGCCAACCAAGCACUUUUACUUUUAUUUCCCGCAUCAAAGUCUGGACCAAUUUCGAAUUGCAACAAGAAGCCAAGUUACGUUUAAAUGUUCUGUCGAAAAUUUCCAUGAAUGAAACAAUUGUUCUGCGUAAUAUUUCAAUAUAUUUAGCAGAAUUCAUCAUGCCUUUAAGGAACUAAACUUUCAGUGUCAUUUGUUAAAAAAAAAAACCCAAAAAAACUGUUUAGAAGAUUAUUUUGUAGUCUGUUGGAUAUGAUCUCUUCGCAGAGGUCCACCUUCACUUUGAUUUAAAUCCGUAUAUACCUCACAAAUAAAUGUAAUUCAUCACUGAAAAUCACUUUUUUUCAGUCGUCAACAGUCCAUAUCGGUAUUUUUUGGUCCACGCUGAGCUUUUUUUCAUCAUUUUCUGUGUUAGAAAUUGUUUUUUCUUCGCCUUUCUUCUUUCGGCCAACUUUCAGAAGUCAUUUCCGUACAAUUGAGGUACUCACGUCAACAUCAUAAUCCAAUAAAUCACUUUGAAGGUCUGUGUUCGGAUUUAGUUUCCUAUUAUUAGAAUUUUAUGUUGUUCAAGUUAUUUUUCAUUUGCGCUCACAUUUUCCUUUUCUUUUUGGAUACGAUGAUCCGAAAUAUUGAAAAGUGGUUAACAUUCUUGAAACACUUGAUUUUUCUAAACCAACUGCCGUAUCUAUACCUCUGUCAGUCGUAGACGUAGAUGCAUUAAGAGCGAUUACUUUAGCAGGUUUCGCAGUAGUAACCAUCUUUGAAAAAGCAAAAGUAACACGUGUUACAAGUACCUAAAACAACAUUGUAACCACCCCAGAAAGGCUCACAACUGACCUGUGGACCAAGGCGGCCUGUCACAGCGUCUCCAGGCAGCUAUAACCGGUUUUGAGGCAAUUCGGGAUAUCACUGGUAAUCACAUACUAACCCAGAGCAGAAAAUCAUGUUUGUCCCAAUUAAUUCGAACAGUAUAGUAUUAUUUUGUAAAUGUAAACAUUUUGUAUUAAAGUUUAUUACUGAAA